AUGGCUCGAUUGCUCGAUGGGAAGUUUGGCAUCAUAACUGGCGGCUCCCGUGGUAUUGGCGAAGCAAUCGCCCAAAACCUUGCCAGCAAGGGCUGCUCGCUUCUACUGAACUACACGUCCGACUCGUCACGAGCUCGCACCGAAGAGCUGGCCGUGUCUCUCUCCAGUACACAUAACAUUCACUGCAUCGCUGUCCGCGCAGAUCUCACCAGUGCUCAGGAUGCCAGUGAGACCAUAAUCGACGCCGCAAAGAAGCAUUUUGGCGACAAGCCUCUCCGCAUCGAUAUCCUGAUCAACAACGCCGGGGUUUCACAAGAUCGAAAGCUUGCAGAUUCUGCCAAAGGACCCAUUGAUCCAGAAUACUUCCACUGGCAUUACAACAUCAAUGUACUUGCGCCGCUACUACUGACGCAAGCUUGUAUCCCAUACUUGCCUCAAGAUCGAUCCGGACGCAUCGUGAAUAUUUCCAGCGUAUCUUCCAGUCUUGGCUUUGAGGGCCAGUCGGUGUACGGCGGCACAAAGGCUGCUCUGGAAGCCAUGACAAGAACCUGGGCACGAGAGUUGGCAGACCGCGCCACAGUGAAUGCGGUAAACCCCGGCCCUGUGAUCGGCGACAUGUACUUCUUGACCGGAGAGGAGUUCUGGAAAGAUAUGCAAGGCUGGCAGGACAAUACCCCGCUGAGCAAAGUUGCGCCAGACGGAAGUGAUUUGGAGGGGUUGGACGCGGAGAAGAUUCGGCUGAUUCACGAUAAGAUGGGCGGCCGACGACCUGCCUUCACAAGCGAGGUUGCGGGAGUUGUUGCUAUGCUGUGCACGGAAGAUGCGGCAUGGUGUACCGGCAGCGUUGUCAAUGCCAACGGCGGUAUGAGAAUGACGACAUAA